AUGCCCGAGAGGAGAAGUGAAGCAACUUACGAGGUCGUUUGGCACGCCGGUUCGGAGGUGGUGAAGCAGACAUGCCGCCAGCCCAUCUAUUCGCCGGAUCCUCCGGGUCAUCUUUACAUCCACCUGCAUAACCUCCGCAACUCCAUGUGGGAGAUCGGCUCCUGUCGUGGUCCAAAUUCGACGCCAAGAGCCCCCACCGGGUCAUUCUCCCUCUUCCCAAUGCGCCUGACUCGGGACGCAGACGCCGACGCCGCUCUUGCUCACUCGGGGUCAACUAUCGCGCAGCAUUCCACGUACAAUACUUGGUAUGGCAAGGGCUCGGCCGGUCUAGCAGGGUGCGGCAGCAGGUGGGCGAUGAUACAGCGUACCCGAAACCAGAGUCCGUCCGGGCACCGGCGCGGCACAACACCCACCGGGCAGAUCGUCCACCUGGACGAGACAGACGACUGUAUUUCAUCGUACCGCAGGGGAGGGGACGGGACGGGAAAUAGCGAGGACGAGGCCCACUUUAUUGCUGUUGCAAUUAUUUACCCAAGUAGUGCCAACGGUCUGUCCUUUGUUCUGCCAGGCCCGUCUGUGCCUGCUGUGGCGGAAUGCAGUGUGGACACAGCAGGGACCAGACCUGGACCGGCCGGCCUGGCCUCGCAUGGAGACUGGCUUGUCUACAGCAUUGCUCAGGCUGUUCCAUCUUGCCAUAUGGCAAUGCUUGGCCCAAGGGUCUGCGAGGAGGCGGCUGACAGCUGCCAUCUCGUCCUCGAUUCCGGCAAACUUGAUUAUGUGAAUGUUUCAGACGAGGCGCCCGCGCCUACAGCCUUGCAGGCGCGCGCACGUACUCUGCUAUACUGUACCGUGCUAUAG